AUGUCAGGCACUCCAUACUCAACAUUCGGGUUUCGGGUCUUGAUAGUCGGGACUCAAUAUUCGAUUUCACCGACUACCGAGUACCGGGUUUCGGGUUUCGGUACAGGGUACCCGGUACUUGAUAGUCGGGACUCGAUAUUCAAUUUCACCGACUACCGAGUACCGGGUUUCGGGGUUCGGUACACGUGUCGAAUCUCGGGCUUCGGGCUUCGUGUUUCGGGUCUCGAUAAUAGGGACUCGAUACUCGAUGGUCGGCACUCACAUCUCGGGCUUCGGGAGUCGAUUGUCGGGACUCGGGUUUCAAGACUCGGUAGUCGGGACUCGAUAGUGCGGAUUCGGGUUUCAAGACUCGGUACCCGGUACUCGGGUUUCGGUACUCGGUGA